CAUCAGCGGCUGACGGUGUUCCUGUGAAAAGAAAACCAGGCAAGUGUCACGCCACUGUAUCUUCAGCUCCGAUUCGUACUUCUGUAGGGCAAAAAAAGAGGUACAUUUGGUUUGAUAUGAAGUUAUCGGUCUUCCUAACUACUGUAUCGCUGAGCAUCCUUCCGGUGUCUGGUUCGACUCCAGCGGAGCGCGGGUGUUUCUGCCAGGUUACCGGCAGCCUUGAUGACUGCGCAUGUGAUGUCGAGACCAUUGAUGCCUUCAACAACAACCAGCUCUACCCCAAACUUCAGAGUCUGCUGGAGUCCGACUACUUCAGAUUCUAUAAGGUGAACUUGAAUAAAGCGUGUCCUUUCUGGACAGACAACAGCCACUGUGGUCUGAGUGACUGUGCCGUGAAGCCCUGCUCUCCCGAUGAGGUGCCAGAGGGAAUCAGAUCCGGCAGACACAACAAGUAUUCAGCAGAAGCUAAUGAGCAGCUGGACGACUGCGAGAAAGCCAAGCAUCUGGGAGCGGUAAACGUCUCUCUCAGCAAGGAGACCCGAGAGGCUCUGCAGGACUGGAACAAACAUGAUGAUGAGGCGGAGCGUUUCUGUGUGACUGAUGAUGAGGCGUCCCCAGACUCCCAGUAUGUGGACUUGCUGCUCAACCCAGAGCGCUACACUGGUUACAAAGGACCAGAGGCCUGGAAGAUCUGGAACAGCAUCUACGAGGAAAACUGCUUCAAACCUCAUAUUAUGAAACGGCCACUAAAUCCUGUGACAUUCUACAGUGGUAAAGGGAGUGAAGUGAAGACCUUCAACAGCUGGUUGGAAGGCCAAUGUGUGGAGAAGAGGACUUUCUUUCGGUUAAUCUCUGGCCUCCACUCCAGCAUCAACAUACACAUGAGUGCCAGAUACCUUCUGGGUGAAAAUUGGUUCCAGAGAGAAUGGGGUCACAACGUGUCGGCAUUCCAGCAGCGUUUUGACUCAGAGCUGACGAGUGGCGAGGGCCCCAAGAGGCUCCGUAAUCUCUACUUCCUGUACUUGAUAGAGCUGCGCGUCCUGGCCAAAGUUCUGCCCUUCUUUCAGCAGCCUUCCUUCCGCCUUUACACUGGGCAGCUGGAGCAGGACCAGAAACACAAAGACCUGCUGACAGACGUCCUCCAACUGGCAAACUCUUUUCCUCUUCAUUUUGAUGAGACCUCUCUGUUUGCUGGGGAUAAAAUGGAAGCAGCUAAAUUAAAGGAGGACAUCAGGCUUGCUUUCAUGAACAUCUCGAGGAUCAUGGACUGUAUGGGCUGCUUCAAAUGUCGGCUGUGGGGCAAACUGCAGACUCAGGGAUUAGGCACAGCUCUAAAGGUCUUGUUUUCAGAGCGACAGAUUGAGGCUUUGCCCAGAUCUAGCAUCCGUCAGCCCACUUUCCAGCUCAACCGCCAGGAAAUAGUCUCCCUCUUCAAUGCCUUUGGAAGAAUUUCAACGAGUAUCAGGGAGUUGAAAACCUUCAGAUCACUGCUAGCAAAGAUGCACUGACAGCAUCGAGAGAGAGGACUGGCUUCACCAUCACCGCUAGCCCUGGAAUCUAUUAGUUUCACAUUGGAAACAUUAGGCCUCCUUGAGCCACUAUUGGACUCUUCAGACUGCCUUUACUGACUGGUUUUAUUGAGGAUUCCUUUUAAAAUGGCAGUGGCCACCAAAUUACCAGCUGCUUUUGAAGAAUGGGAGCUUGACUGUUUUUCCAAGAAUCCCUUAAGGCGUAUUUGCACCUAAAUGAAUCGUGGACCUUACUUUUAACAGACAUGUGAAUUAUCAACAAUGUGCUCAACUUCCAGAUUACUUUCAUUGUUGAUAUGGUCCAAAAGGCAUUUUGUAAUCCAAACCUUAUUCAUCCACUGAUGUCGUGUCUAAAAUACUUUUGUGCUGCCACUGAUUCUCAAUGAUUAACUCUUUGUUUUGUGAAUCCGAAUAUGUGGAUUUCUGUAACGAGCUUGCUUUUGAAUAAUAAAAUCACUUCAAGAAAGAAAAGAAAGCCACAUUAUUUUGUCAUUGUACAGGUUACAGUGAAAUUUGUUUUCUGCAUUUAACCCAUCCUAUUGUGUAGGAGCAGGGGACCAACUCCAGUUCUUUUUCCUAUUGCCUUGGUCAGGGGCACAAGUUCAAAUAAACUUAAUGAAUCAAAUGCUAUUAAAGGCAGAGAUGGGCAGUAUUUCUGUUACUUUAAUUUGAAAUACGUAUUUCAAUUACGUUUGAGUAUUUUGUAAUUGGUAUCUGACAGAGCUGGGAAAAAAAUCAAAUUUAAUUUGUAACAUACGAAGAUACUCGAGUGGAGUAAUUUUGUAUUUUCAAAAUACUUGAAAUAGUUUAUCCAUGAUUCCUAAAACAAAAAAAACCAAUUUCAAUGCAUCUUAAAAUGAAG